AUGUCCUUGAGUUUCUCCUCAGAUGUGGCCUUGAAUGCAACGGAGGCGGCCGUCUUCCUGAGCGAAAGAGAUGUAGCUGGCCAGAUUCCAAUUAACUUCGUCACCACAUCCGCCGUCUCACUUCGCGCAGCAUGUUUUGGCGACAACAUUUACGACCGGGAUGCGGCGGGCAGAUGCAUCUCCAACUUGCUGGUUGUCGGAUACCGCCGCUUUCUCGUGGAUCUUUACUGGUCGUCUGACCAACGGGAUUGGAUGUUCUGCCCGUUGUCGCUCUCUCCGGAUGUUCCAGUUGUGACCGUGUCGUCGAUAUCGCCUGCUUCUUCGACAACGACGACUGCGACGAGUGGAAUAACCGCAACGACGACUGCAACGACCACAACAACGACAACGAGCGAGACAAUCAAAGCCACUGUCACUGCGGUAGCCAGAUCGUCGGGUUCGGUUCUAUAUGAGCUGGGUCCGUACCGUUGUUCAUUGGAUUUUGACCUGUCCGACCUGAUCAAUGUGUUUCGAGGCUUCUUCCAGGCGUAUUCCUCCGAGCUGACUGUCUUUACGAGAUACAUUUCUCUCAAUUUGCAUGCGGCUGGGAGCGCGACGAGUCCCGACGAACCAGCAUCGACUGUGACUGGAUCGCAGCUACCUACGAGCUCAGAAUUUGUCAGCUAUCAAUUUGACGAGCAUCUGUCCUCCUACAUAUACACGCCGUCAUCCCUCGCUUCCGAACGCGCCAACUUGAAUCAGUCAUGGUACCAGGUUGAAGACGGCUAUAAGCCCAUCACCGAGUACUUCACAAUUCAUGAAGAGCCAAAUGGCGACCAAAGUACUCCUGAUGGCUGGCCUUGCGUGAAGUACCUUCAGCUAGCACAAGAGAAGCGCCUUCUUAUUGACUACGGGACCAUCGAUUCCCAACUCCAAGAUUACAACUUCUCCUACAUGAGUGACGUUAUAUUUCCACCAAACUACCUCACAUCCACAGUAUCCGUAUCACUUGACUCCGACGGAAGCGUCGACACCGGCUGUUUCUAUGAUUCCGGCGCGACCACCGUAUCCCAGGCCAACAACUCCUGGGCCAUAUCCGACUACAUCCCCAUACCAGAAGGGUUAAGCGAGAACUCAACAAUCGCAGCAAUGUCCCUCGUGGCCUCCAACCUAACCGCAUGCGGCCUCACCCCAGCACUGAACAACACCCUGUUCAACCAAACGGCCGACACUCACCCUCAACCCUACACAGACAUAUCCCUUUCCAGCUCCUGGGCUUGGUCCAUCGGUCAACCUGCCAACGCCGACUCAUCCUCCGCUAGCUUCAGCGCCACGGACCGCUGCGCCGUCAUAGACCUAACCAACAGCGGCCACUGGCGCGCCAUCAACUGCAGCCAAGUCCGCUACGCCGCGUGUCGCGUGGGAAAUAACCCCUUCACGUGGCAAUUAUCCCCAACCCCAUACACCUUCCGAGACGCCUACGACCACGGCUGUCCAGAAAAUACCAGCAUGGCCGUUCCACGCACCGGUCUUGAGAACACCUAUUUGUACCAGUACCUGCUGACACGGACCGACGUUCUCGACCCGACCUCUGCAAUUCCGAACAAGACGAAGGUCUGGCUGAAUAUGAAUUGCAUUGAUGUGGAGUCUUGUUGGGUAACCGGAGGUCCUGAUCAGGAGUGUCCGUACGCGUCGGAUCCGCAACAGCUGGAGAGACGAACGGUCUUGGUGGCUGCUAUUGCUGGGAUUGUGAUUUGUAUUAUCGCUGCGCUGACGCUAUUUGUUAAGUGUAAUGCCAACCGGCGCAAUUCCAGGAGGAAUAAGAGGGUGAUCAAGGGGUGGGAAUAUGAGGGGGUGCCUUCGUAA